UACCCUUUUCAGUCACUCAUCGUCACCCUUAUCCCUCUUUCUUUUCUUUCUUUGUUUCUGAUUUUUCUUUGUACAACACAAUACAAGAAAAGAAGAUGACCGAUUCUUUCGUUCACUAUGCGUCACACAAUUAUUACCGCCACACAAACAACAAGAAAACUAUGUUCAUCACUUCUACACCGUUUUCUUCUCCUUCAACCGCAUUUUUCUCACCUCCCAAACCUUCUAAACCUCUUCUUCGUUCUACUCUUUAUCUUCGAUCUUCAACUUCUACUUCUUCUUCUUCUUCUGUUACUUCCACUUCUUAUUCUAAUCUCGCUUUCAAUAUUAAAUCUAGAGAUAAUAAAAACACCGUUGUUUCUGCUAAUAUGACUUCUUCUGUUUCUUCCAGAACUUUCCUCAAUGCUCAGAAUGAACAAGAUGUUCUUUCUGGAAUAAAGAAGGAAGUAGAAGCGGGAACUUUGCCUCCCAGUAUUGCUGGUGGUAUGGAAGAAUUGUAUCUUAACUAUAAAAGUGCAGUUAUUAAAAGUGGAGAUCCCAAAUCAGAUGAGGUUGUAUUGUCAAAUAUGACUGCUUUAUUAGAUCGCAUAUUUUUGGAUGUGAAGGAGCCUUUUGUCUUUGAAGCACACCACAAAGCCAAGAGAGAGCCUUUUGACUACUACAUGUUUGGUCAAAAUUAUAUCCGUCCCUUGGUUGAUUUCAACAAUUCUUUCGUUGGCAACAUGCCCCUUUUCGUUCAAAUGCAAGAACAACUUAAGCAGGGACACAAUAUUAUCUUGAUGUCAAACCACCAAACUGAAGCAGAUCCGGCUGUUAUUUCGUUGCUGCUUGAAUUGCGACUUCCAUAUAUUGCUGAAAACUUGAUUUAUGUAGCAGGAGAUAGAGUUAUAACCGAUCCUCUAUGCAAACCCUUCAGUAUUGGCAGGAAUCUGAUCUGUGUUUAUUCGAAAAAGCACAUGCUUGAUGAUCCAGCACUUGUAGAGAUGAAAAGAAAAGCAAAUACACGAAGUCUGAAGGAAAUGGCUACGCUUUUAAGGAGUGGAUCACAAAUAAUUUGGAUUGCCCCAAGCGGCGGUAGGGAUCGACCAGUUGCCAACUCCGGGGAAUGGGAACCGGCACCCUUUGAUCCUUCUUCAGUGGAUAAUAUGCGAAGACUUGCCGAUCAUUCAGGUCCCCCAGGUCAUAUCUAUCCUUUGGCAAUAUUGUGCCAUGACAUAAUGCCCCCUCCACUUAAGGUCGAAAAAGAAAUUGGGGAGAAAAGAAUCAUAUCCUAUCACGGGACUGGGAUAUCAGUUGCUCCAGAAGUAAGCUUUUCCAAUGCCACUGCUGCUUGUGAAAAUCCUGAAAAGGCUAAGGAAGCAUACUCAAAAGCCUUGUAUGAUUCUGUGACUAAUCAAUAUGAUGUGCUGAAGUCUGCCAUACACGGCAAAAAAGGAUUAAAAGCAUCAACUCCUGUAGUUUCUUUAUCGCAGCCAUGGAAGUAGUUCAGAUCUGAAUCUUUUUUGUUACACCUUUCUCUGAUUAUCAGAUGCAAGUUACAAAACGUUGGUCAAAUAAUCCAACUGAUUGAUCCCAUGAUUAGCUUGAUGGAAGUUUCCCGUCAGAUAUAUUUUCAUUUUCAUGUUCUUGUUUGCGCUUACCAUUGUCAGGAAUCUGUUUCCGAACGUUCCAAAUCAGCUGCUUACUGUACAGGUCCCUCUUAGCUCCUUGUAACAUCCAGUCCAUUGACUGAUAAGAGACUAAAUAUAAUUUUUUACCAAUUAUUUUUGUAUCAGUAUUUCUUUUGGCUAGCUAAAUAGAUAAUAGCUAAUUUUCCAUUUGUAGUUUUGAGUCAAAUUUGUUCCAUUAUAGAUGUAUAAUUGUUAAUAUUAGAACCUUUUCUUCAUAAUAAUCCAAUUAUUCAUUCAAACGUGCCACAGUAUAUAAGUAAGUCAAAGUGCAAUUGGAAGAAAAUGUAUGUUGUCAGAAUAAAUAAAAGUGGUGCAUUUUCUGUGUUGCUUA